AUGUUAUUUUGGAGUCCUAUUUUUACAGCGUGUGCUUAUGUCUUGAGCAUAGCAUAGCUAUCAAAGGCAUAUCCUCUCAAAAUGCGCAUGAAGGAUAGGAUAAAAUUUAUUAACAAAGCAACACUGAACAUGAUAGGAACUAUGAGCAUCCAGGAGAAGAGGAGAAUUUAUGAAAUCAAGUAUUGUCACACUACCAUAAGAAUAGGUUGCUAUUGAUG